AUGCUAUCCGUCGAUUCGAGCUGAGAUCAUUGACUUUAAUUCUACUUCGCACCGAGCACGCAUCGGUUCAAUGUACGUGUCUGUGUACAAACCUGUGAAUUGCCUAUUUACUAAUGCUCCUAGCCGAGAUAUCGAGACUCAAGCGAGCCCCGGCCGAGCAUAUUUACGUAAAAAGCAAAUCAGAGUGCCUACCGGGCACACGACUCAAGAUUCAAGAAUCCAUACUCGAGCACCUGAAGAAACCUGAGAACCGAUUUGUUUGGCUACGGGGGUCCCCUGGGACAGGGAAGACCGCGAUCUCCAUGAGUAUCGCAUCCACUCUAGAGCAGCAGGGCGCACUGGCAGCGUCAUAUUUCUGGGACAAGAACCGGAGAGGAUCGGGCUUGGAUUCUAUUGAACAGUUUCCCUCUACCCUUGCCUGCCAACUUGCAUCCCUCAACGAGGACUUCAAAUUGUCGCUCGUCAGACAACUUCGGAAACCGGAUUUGGCCUUGUUUCAGGAAUUACCUCUAGAAAAACAAAUCAAGACUCUGGUGAUUGAGCCUAUACGUAACCUGAAGGACAUAUUCCCUUCGGGUACGGAUCGUUUCGUCAUCGUUUUGGAUGGUCUCGAUGAGUGCGGCAAUCAGGAGACCCUUGAGUCCUUGAUGGGGCUGGUACUUGGUCUUCAGGAGCUUCCGCAGGCAUUUUCUGUGCUAGUUAGCUGUCGUCCUGAGCCAGGAGUCAUUUCAGCUUGGUUUGAAGCUCAACACGAGGGUCUUGUUAUACCAUGUGAAGAUGUGGAUAAGAUAGAGUACGAUGAAGAUUUCCACACAAUUUGUUGUAUUGUGGAGGAUGGUCUUCGGGAUGUCAUCAGAAAAUCUUCAUGGAAACCAACAGAGUGGGAACUUAAUGAUUUUGCCUGGGCUUGCCGUGGGUUGCCUGUUAUGGCAUCAAUCCGAGUUCGCGAUGUUUGCCAGCGGACACGGCGUGGUCGUACUCUACAGUCGGCGUUUCAGGGCUUGCGUAGUGUCACUGGUACACCCACCGACCUCAAUCAGGAAUACUUGCGAAUCCUUCGGCAAGCCUAUGUGGUGGAUUCAGCUGGAAUUCCCCCAGAUAUAUCCAAGAUGUAUCGCUUAGUAGUCACCGCAAUUCUUACGACGUAUGGGCUGAGGGAUGUGUCUUCCAUGUCGCAGAUGUUUGGGUUUAGCGAGGAUGAGAUCCGUGCGACGUUGGAACCAAUCAGCUCAAUCAUAAAUCUUCCCUUGGACAAUGCAGAGGAUAUCACCUUCUAUCACGCAACGGCAAGAGAAUUCAUAACCGGGAAACCAAUCGGUGAUGAGAAAGACAAAGUGUUUUUCAUCGAUGACGUGAAUGGGUAUCUCCUUGGAUUGCCGCUCCUUCGAUAUUUCAACAAUUGUUGUGAGCAGAACGUGUUUGGGAUACCCACGGAUCCGCGUUCCUUAGGAGAAGAAGGGAAAUGGGAGGAAUUUAUGGUGAAAAAGAAGGAUUAUCGCAGCCGCUUCGACUACGUUAUUUACCACUUAGCCGACCACUUGGACCCUUUGCAACUUUUUUCACAAGAGUCCAAUGAAUUGCAAAACGAGUUUAAUUCCUUCAUUACACGAAAUUAUGUGUUAAUAUUCGCGCACUUGCAAUCCCACAUGGAGGAGACAUGGCAUGGAGAGAUAUUUCCUGAACAAUUACUUCAAUUUAACCUUCUGAGAGAUUUACAUCAGGUAACUCAGCAUGCCGAGGACCAUCCAUGGAGGUUCUAUCGAUCGAUUCUCCCUUUCGCCCCACCCUCUGUUUACAAACAAUAUGGCCAUCUCUCUGGUGUCCGGGUUUUCUCUAUUCAUGGAAAGUCUGAUGACACGAUCCCAUUAAACGAAGAUUCGUGCAGGGCUCAAGAAGUCAUGCACGCAAAGUUGACUGAAAGGGUUCGCCAAUGGGGACAGGAGAUCAGCUACAAAGCUGAAUUCUACCAACCUGAUAUUCGCAAUGGCGUUGUGACCUGUGCUGCACUCUCCCUCGAUGGUCGCUACGUUGUACUUGGGUUUGGCAGCGGUGUCAUCGAAGUCGUCGAUAUUGACCAUCAGCGUCCGAUCUGCCAAUUGCAGCAUAAUCCAGCCAAUCUCCCUAACUGGAUUGAAUUUGUAUACGGUAGCCACAGGGUUGCUACUGAGGAUAUUGAUGGGAACGUCACAGUUCUCAGCCAUGGCAUCGCCCCAAUAAUGGAUUAUUUAUCAUACGAGCACCACGAAAUUUCGACAACCCUUGGUGCGAUAACAUGACACUCAUAGCUGUCUCUGAGUAUCCUUUCAUCCGGCUCCUCACCUCUCCUUCGGACCUGUCUGUCCCAUUCCCGUCCUCCCCAUCCACCCAAUACCGCAAUGCAACCCCCUUAUCUAGGCCUCACCGACGGACGCUUGGGUUCUCUCCAGGUGCACGAUAUGUCGGCGCGUUUGACGGGUUCAGCGCUUUCACAUGGUCGACACAAUCAUACGAGCUUAUUGCAUCUUAUCGUGUGACCAACCCCUUUUUUUGGAUUAUCAAUCCCAACGUCCCUCCAACUCACUUCCAUCUCGUUCCAAAUCCUAUAUUCACUCAAG